CAGAGAAGGCCUGCCCCUGACUGGAUCAAGAGUAACAGGUAUCUGAAUCACAUUACCUAUAUCUUGAACCUCCGGCCGCGCAGAUAGUUGCUACCAACAUAGAACAUGCCCACAAACCUCUAUGACAUGUUUGACGGUGCAUCCCAAAUUCUAGGAAGUGUGGGCUCAGCCGCUGGUACGGCCACACCCCUGCAAAACCCCGUGGGUGGGAUACAGAGUGCCCAAGCUGCGUACCAUAUGCACCAGUUUGGGAAGAUUAAAUUUCAAGGCAUGAGGCAAGCCUUACUGAAAGAGGAUACGGCGAUCCUCAGAAACCAAGAAAUGCAGACACCACAAGUACAGGCCUCGGAUAUGAGUUAUGGGAAGAAUGGAAUCACCCAAGUGAAUGGGUUUCAGAGGGAUGGUGAAGGCAGGAUCACCUAUGGUGGUGGGUCCAAACGAUGA